CGCCGCCAUGUCGGGAGCGGCGGGGCCGGGACGUUCCCCGCUGCUCUGCACCCCCCGCCCCGCCGUCGCGCUCCAGCUGAGCGGGGGGGCCGAGGCGGCACGGCCCGGCGUGGCCGUCAUCGACCUCCGCUUCCCCCGCGGCGCCCCCGCCGAUGUGCAGGAGAUCGUCUUCAGGAACUUCUACACGGCGUUCCUGAGCGUGCGGGUGCAGCGGCCCGGCCCCAGUGGGUCUUGCCGCUGGGUGACCUGCCUGAAGGACCACUGCCUGAUGCCCUGUCCACACACCGAGGAGGGCUCUCAGGACUACUUCUCCCUCCACCGCCACCAGAUGCUGUGUGACAUGGACCAAGUGAUGGCAGUGCGGUUCAUCCUGCGGCAGCCUUCUCCAGUCUGGCUCCACUUCACCAUUGAGGAGGUGCAGAUUUUCCCCCCUGGACAGAAGAGCCCACAGAAGGAUUUUCCCUCUUGGCUCUCCCAGCUGACCCCUCCAGAGCAGCCAGCCAGCCUGCAUGAGGAGCUCCCUGACCCCGAGAAGGUGUCCACAGAGGUGCAGCAAAUGUGGGUGCUGACAGAGGUGAUCCGGGCUCGCCAGACAGCUGCCCGCAUCGGGCGCUUCGACGUGGAUGGCUGCUACGAUAUCAACCUCCUUUCCUACACCUGAGCCCUGUGGGUACUGGUGGGAGGGAGAUGGCUCCCCCACACUCCCAGGGCCCGAGUGGACUCCAUCUCUCCUGCAUUGACCUUUGUCCCUGCAGUCCCGGGGGGGUUCUACACCCUUCCGGUGCCCCUUCCCUAUUUCCUCCAGUGUUGGCUGGCAGUGGUGGGCGGUGCUGCUGCCCUGGAGCCUCUCCCGGGCUGGUUGCCCUCCAGCAGUGGUUCUGCUCUUAGCGUGUCCCGUGCUGCUUGCUCGCUGCCACGGGCAGCACCCAAUCACCCCUCUGUCCCCAGCUUCUGUCCUGGGGAGCGGCCCUGGGUCCUGCCUGCACUGCUGCAAGCCCCUGCAGGCUCCUUGGGCAGGAGAGUGCUGGCGCUGGCGCCCACCGCGCCUAGGGGCCGAGGAGGAGCCGGGGGGCGGCGGGGAGCAUCUCGGUCACGACUAAAAGCUGCUACCUUGU